AUGCUAAAACUACUUUUAUCAACACUAAUACUUAUCCCAACUGCCCUGCUUACCAAAAUAUCACUACUUUUUUCAACUUAUACAGCCUACUCAAUAUUAAUUGCACUAUUUUCUAUUAAUUAUCUCAAUAUGCCACUAAACCUACAAUUUCACCAUACUAACACCUAUUUGGGCCUAGAUAACAUCUCCACCCCACUUCUAAUUUUAACUACUUGACUAUUACCCCUUAUAACAAUAGCUAGUCAACAACACCUUACUAACCAACCACCCAAUCGAAAACGGCUCUUUUUAGUAACAACUGCGCUACUUCAAGCAGUGUUAAUCAUAACAUUCUCAUCGACUAAUUUAAUUUUAUUCUAUAUUAUAUUUGAAGCCACAUUAACUCCAACAUUAAUCCUAAUUACACGUUGAGGAAAUGAAAUAGAACGACUAAAUGCAGGAACUUAUUUCCUAUUUUACACUAUUACCGGAUCCCUUCCUCUUUUAAUUGCCCUACUUGUACUCUAUACAAAAACACAUAUUUCAACUAUAACAAUAUUUUUAACAAGUCUAGAACCAAUAAAUACCUGAACUAAUACAAUAAUAUGAUUAGGCUGCCUUAUAGCCUUCCUAAUUAAAAUACCGCUAUACGGCCUACACCUAUGACUUCCAAAAGCACAUGUUGAAGCCCCUAUUGCUGGAUCUAUAGUACUAGCUGCUAUCCUAUUAAAACUCGGAGGUUAUGGUAUAAUCCGCAUUCUCCCAAUCCUAACUCCCACUACUCAAACAAAGUAUAUUCCAUUUAUAGAACUCGCCCUUUGAGGUAUAAUUAUAACAAGUCUUAUCUGUCUACGACAAACGGACUUAAAAGCAAUUAUCGCUUAUUCAUCUGUCAGCCACAUAGGCCUAAUUACAGCUGGACUACUGAUUCAUACUCCAUGAAGUAUUACUGGAACAAUAAUUUUAAUAAUCGCUCAUGGCCUAACUUCCUCACUACUAUUCUGUCUAACUAAUAUAAACUACGAGCGCACACACACACGAACCUUACUAAUUGCCCGAGGCAUUAAAAUAACUAUACCUUUAAUAGCAACCUGAUGGCUAAUAGCAAAUUUAUCAAAUAUAGCACUCCCCCCAACAACUAAUCUAUUUGGAGAACUUAUAAUUAUCUCCAGCUUAUUUAACUGAUCCUAUACAUCCCUAAUUCUCACCGGUACUACUACACUACUUACAGCCAUCUACUCUCUCUCUAUUUACUUAACAAUCCAACAUAAUAAAACACCAAAUGAUCUAAUAUACCAACCCCUCCAUACACGAGAACACCUCCUAAUUACCCUUCAUCUAAUCCCCCUUUUUUUACUAAUUACAUCACCAAAAACAAUAU